AUUAUUUCGAUUAUAAUUACUGCUAUUAUAUUAUAUUAAUUAUUAUUAAAAUAUAGGAUUAGAUUAGAUUUUAGGGAAAUCACACGAAAAUAUAUUCCAAGUUUAUUUCGAUUAUUAUGAAGGCUAAUGUGAUAAUUAUCUGAAGUGCGCAUUAUGAUGAAUUAUCAGCGAAUAAAAACAUUUACAAACAAUCGACAAAGAAAUUUUUAUCAUUAAAAAUUUUCAAUCUAAUUUCCUGUGAAGAAAAAAAAAAAAAUAAUUUCCAUUAUUCUAAAAAUAUAAUUCGUAAUAAUAAUUUGUCAAUAAAUGGCAUUUUUUUCACUAUCAAUGCGGAAUCGAGGUGCAAAUAAAACAGUUUAUAAAUCCAGUGACAAGUGAUAAAUUUUAUUUCCGUUUUUGGAAUAUGGAACACGAGAAUUUCGAGUAAACAAGAAAAUUGGACAGUCACUUAUACGAUUCUCUAGCAUUUUUUGAAAUAAAAAUGGAGGACGGAGAUUUUAAUAGUGAAAAAAUGCAGGAGACGAUAAGGGAAAAUCAAGCGAAAAAUUGUCAGCCCAUAUUUAAUUCAUUGCCUGGCUGGUGUCCGCAGACAUGGGAUGAAAUUCUCUGUUGGCCAGCAACUGCACCAAAUGAAUUGGCCGUCCAACCAUGUCCACAUUAUAUCGCAGGUUUCGAUACAAGGGGAAAUGCAACUAGGCAAUGCUUAUCAGAUGGUCAAUGGUACCAAACAGCAGAGACUAAUAGUACCUGGACAAAUUAUACUCAAUGUUAUCACACCUCACUUGUUACUGUAUUAAUGGACAUUCGAGACCUUUCGUCAGAUAAUGCAACACUAAGACAUAAAUAUCUACCAAUUAUUAAAGCAAUAUCAAAAGUUGGAUAUGCAUUUUCAUUUUCAACGUUAGUUGUUGCAUUUUGCAUUUUGGCAGCCAUCAAACGUAGGAAGCUGAGAUGUCCAAGGAAUAUUUUACACAUUCAUCUUUUUGCAUCAUUUAUGGCAAGAGCAUUUAUGGCCCUAUUAAAGGAUAUGCUUUUUGUAUCGGGAAUUGGAUUAGCAUCGGAUAUUAUUGUCAAGAAUGGUGAACAAUAUUUAAAAUCCGAUUUAAUGUCAUGUAAAAUAUUCACAAGUAUUUGGCAAUAUUUUAUACUUGCCAAUUAUUCAUGGAUUCUCAUCGAGGGACUCUAUCUUCACAAUCUCGUUUUUCUAGCAUUAUUCACAGAUUCCAAUUCCAGCAUCACUGGCUACAUUGCUCUUGGAUGGGGAAUGCCGGCAAUUUUUGUAAUACCUUGGAUUAUUUUACGAGCAGUUUUUGAUGACACUUUGUGUUGGACAACUAAUGAUAAUAAUGAAUAUCUUUUUCUAGUCAUACGAAUACCUACGAUGCUCUCGAUUUUAAUAAAUUUUGUACUAUUCGUGAAUAUUGUGCGUGUGCUACUUUCGAAAUUAAAAUCCACAGUUUCGGAGGAGACUCAAAGAUACAAACGAUGGGCAAGAAGUACUCUAGUUUUAGUUCCACUUUUUGGAGUUCAUUAUACUGUAUUUUUGGGCAUGUCAUACAGUAUAGGUGUAAAUGACACUGUCGAGAUUGUGUGGCUUUUUUGUGAUCAAUUUUUUGCCUCAUUUCAAGGUUUCUUUGUUGCGGUUCUAUAUUGUUUUCUAAAUGGCGAGGUACGAAUGGAAGUUUCACGUGUUCUAAGAAGUCGAAAGUGGCCACGAUUAGGUGGCGGUGGACGAUGGGGUCAAAGACAUUCAACACAUUCCGGAAGUACAUGUAGUUGUAACGCGAGUAAAUUGCGAAAAUCAAGUAAAUCAAGAUGGUGGCACAAACCUUGCAUUUGCAUUUUCCGUGAACGAGAUUUUCAUCAUCAUCGUUCAUCUCACUCGAUGGCGAGUACACAAGAUGUUGGACUUGGGACGCGCGGUGGCAGUUUAACAAGUAGUCGAGGUUACAUCGAGGGUGUUGGAAAUGGUCCAUGUCCAGGAGCCGGAAAUUGUGUCCAAAAUGCAAAUCAAACGUCACCGCUGUGCAGCAAAUACACUGACCAGUCGUUGCUCUCCUUUUGCUCAAAUAUGUCGGAAGUGUCUACAAGCGCCGCAAUUUCCGCUCUCGAGAAAGGUGAGAGAAUUCGAGACCAACAUCGCUGGAGUGAUUCAGAAUGUUGUCAACUUGCUUACGAGCUGCAUAGUUUGCAUCAACAACCGCAAUCCUGAUUUUUACUUAUUUCGCAACAACAAAAAAAAACACAAAAAGGCGCACUAAAAUUUAAAAAAUCUGCUUAACUAUUGAAUGUUAAAUUGGAAAAAAAAAAGUUUUUUUUAUAUAUAUAUGUGACGAAUAUUUAAUGGUAAAAUUGUAUUUUAGCAUUAAAUAAGAUACGUUUGAUAUUUAAUAUUAUUGUCACGGAGAGAGAAACAUUUCUCCCUUCGAUUAUAAAAUAAUAAUAAUUAAACACUGACUGAUUCAAAAAGUGAAAUUGAGAUUUACAAAGCUUUAGUUGUGUCAUCCAGUGAGUGUUCAAAAAAAAAAAAAAGAAUAGCUUUCAUUUUUCUUUUUUUUAUUCAAAGGUUUUUACAAUUAAAUGCAUCAACCUUA